CGGCUUAACAUUAUUUUAUCGUUUAUACUCUUAUAUACCUAUCUGCGCCUCUAUAAAUAUAUAUCAAAGUAAAACUGAUGCAAUGGACUCUCUCCCUCUCUCUCUCUCUGGAUGAACGAAUCAAAAACAUCACAAUCUCUUUCCAUUUCUGUUAACCUAGUAGAACCUCUCUUUCUUUCUCUUUGAGACAAACUUCCAAAAAUGGAAAGUUUGUGUUUAAUCUCUGUGACUCGUUUUCUGUUGUUAUUCUUUUUCUUAGCUUUUUGGCAUCAAGUAAACGCGACCGAACCGGUUCUAGAGAUAACUAAAGGCUUCGAAGCUAAACCGGAUUCGUCCAUAAACUCGUUCCAGCCACUCCUAACCGACCCGAGUGGAAACUUCUCAUUCGGGUUCUUACGGUUAAACGGUUCACGCCUCUCCCUCGCUAUAACCCACCCGAACUUAACGGACCCCCUCUGGGUUUUCGACCCGACCCGAACCGCAAGCUGGUCACACAAAACGAAACUAUUCUUCAACGGCAGCCUCGUAAUUUCAGAUCCUUCCUCGAGGGUAGAAUGGUCAACUCACAGUAACGGAGACCGUCUUAUCCUCCGUAACGACUCCAACCUCCAAGUGGUAUCAUCAUCCGACGUGGACUGGGAGAGUUUCGAUUUUCCGAGUAACACACUCGUCGAGAACCAGAAUUUCACGUCUAAGAUGACGUUAGUUUCAUCCAACGGCUUAUAUUCGAUGCGAUUAGGACGCGAUUUCAUCGGAUUAUACGCUAAAGUAACCGAAGACUCUCAACAGUUUUACUGGAAACACAGCGCUCUCCAGGCGAAAGCCAAAAUCAAAGACGGAUCGGGUCCGAUUCACGCUCGGAUCAACCCGAACGGUUAUCUCGGUAUGUACCAAACCGGAACGAUUCCAGUCGACGUGGAAGCGUUCAACAGCUUCCAACGACCGGUUAACGGUCUAAUGAUUCUCCGAUUGGAAUCCGACGGGAAUCUCCGUGGAUAUCUCUGGGACGGAUCUCGCUGGGCGUUGAACUACGAAGCUAUCCGCGAAACUUGCGAUCUCCCGAAUCCGUGUGGUCCGUACAGUCUGUGUACUCCUGGAUCGGGAUGCUCGUGUAUAGAUAACAGCACCGUGAUCGGAGAGUGUGGUCCUAGAGGUUCGGGAGUGGAGGAUUUUUGCGGCGGUGACGGGGAGAAGUUUAAGGAGGUGAGACGUGGAGGCGUUGAAGUGGCGUUUAAGGAACUGUUGGAUCAUAAAACGACGUCGUCUUUGGGGGAGUGUGAGGAGAUGUGUGUGGAGGAUUGUAAAUGUUUCGGGUCGGUUUAUAAUAACGGGUCCGGGUUUUGUUAUUUGGUUAAUUAUCCGAUACGGACGAUGCUUGGCGUUGCGGAUCCGAGUAAAAUGGGAUAUUUUAAGGUGGGUGAGGGUGUAGGGAAGAAGAGAAGCCGAGUGGGAUUAACGGUUGGGAUGACUCUGCUCGCUGUGGUUGCGUUGGGUUUAACGGUGGCGAUGGUUUAUGUUGCGUUUAGGAUAUGGAGGAGUAGAGAGAAGCAUGCACUAGAGGGAGAAGAUGGUGGGUUAUCACCCGGCCCGUAUAAAAAUCUCGGGUCGGAUAGUUUUAGAUCCGUUGAAAUGAGCCGUAGGUGAUAGCUUUUUUAGUUACACAUAUAUAAAAUUAAUUAACCUUUCUUUCUUUUUGCUUUAUGCAAUUUGACUAUUGUCUGGCUGAUGAGCUUUUUACCUAUCAAAACUAAAUUUAAUUAUUGCGGGAAAGGUAUUUGGAUAAA